UCCCAGUCUGUCUUCCGUUUGGCUGGAACAGGGGGAACCGGAAGCCUGGGUCCCUCAGCAGGCGGAGACUCCAGCUUCUCAGCCAGACGCCCGGGUCGAGAGCUUAGCUAGGAUGCCAAGAGGGAGGUGGAGCUUCUCUUCAAAACCUGUUCCUUCCUUGGAAUGCCCUAUAUACGGCCGCGCGCGAGUCGGCGAGCCCCGCCUACCAGAAUAAGACCUCGCGGAUGGUCCUCGGUGAAGCUCUGUCACAAGUCUUACUUUGUGUCUGACUACGAUCCCACCAUCGAGGACUCCUACACGAAGCUCUGUGUCGUGGAUGGCAUCUCCGCCCGGCUGGACAUCCUGGACACCGCUGGCCAGGAGGAGUUCGGGGCCAUGCGGGAGCAGUACAUGCGUGCUGGCCAUGGCUUCCUGCUGGUGUUUGCCAUUAAUGACCGGCAGAGUUUCAAUGAGGUGGGCAAGCUCUUCACUCAGAUCCUCCGAGUCAAGGACCGCGAUGACUUCCCUGUCGUGCUGGUUGGGAACAAAGCAGACCUAGAGACACAACGCCAGGUCCCCCGAUCUGAAGCAUCGGCCUUCAGUGCUUCCCACCAGGUGGCCUACUUUGAGGCCUCAGCCAAACUUCGACUCAACGUGGAUGAGGCCUUUGAGCAGCUGGUGCGGGCUGUCCGGAAAUACCAGGAGCAAGAAUUGCCACCCAGCCCACCCAGCGCCCCCAGAAAGAAGGACGGGGGCUGCCCCUGCGUCUUGCUGUAGCUGGGCAAGAAAUGACCGACUGCCACAAGGUCUUGGGACCAGCUGCCUCACAUCUUGCUGUGUGGCCUGAGGCCCUGGUUGAGCCUGUUUCUUCCUCUGGGUCUCCCAGGACACACUACACCCACCACCCUUACUUCCUGGCCUCUUUCAGGCCAUUGCCACUGUGUGCCUUCUGCCAAAGCCUUCUUUCCCCACCCAAGCCCCUGGUGGGGUGAGGGGCUCCUGGGUCACUGCUGUAUAUAUCUUCUUUCCCCAGAGAAAUAAAUAUCACUUCCAACAUCAAGACGUGCUUUUUAAAAGAGGAAUGGUGGGGGGAAUACACUUGCUCCGUGUAAAACCAUCGAAGGAUCUAGAAUCUAUUUCCUGGGAAAGGACAGGCGUCCUGACCCCCACUUUUCUUCAACAGGGUGAGUCAGCUGGGUGCCAGUGGCUCACACCUGUGAUCCUAGCUACUCAGGAUGCAGAAAUCAAGA